AUGGCGGACGCCAGGAUCUCCACGUACCUGCCCCCCAACGUCAACCCCGCCCAGGCGGCCAUCGCCUACGGCUGCCGCGCGCUGCCCAAGCUGAACGAGGAGCUGCAGGCGGACGACCUGCUGACGAGGCAGAAAGCCCUCAUGGCUCUCUGUGACCUCAUGCACGACCCCGAGCACGUCUACACGGCCAUUAGGAUCGGCUGCCUGGAGAGCCUGAAAGCCUUGCUAAGGGACACCAACGACCUGGUGCGCAUCAAGACCACCGAGGUGCUGUACAUCAUGGCCACCCACAACGUGGGCAGAGAGGGCUUCCUGCAGCACAGUGUCAUCCAAGCGCUGUCCUUCCUGAUGAGCGACCCCCGCUCGGCCUGCCGGGAGAACCUCUACGCGGCUCUCAGGCACCUGGCCCAGGUGCCGGCAGGUAGCUACUUACACGUGCGCGGUGUCUGCAUCCCUCCCUCUGGGCUUCGGGCGGGUCCUGGCUUUGAGAUGGCGCUCCGGUGGCUCCGUGCCCCCCACCCCCGGGCUCCCACCACGGCCGUUCAGGUGCAGAGCUGA